UUGCACGCCCUCUAGCGUUAAUGUAUUCAAACUAAAACUGUCUUGUGGUGCGGUGCAGAGGUUUGCCACGGCAAUUUUAUUGCCCGAAUAUUACAGUUAUUUAGUUUCUAACUGUGAAUAAAUAUAUACCUCUAUAAUGGCCCCUCCCUAUUAUGCUGAUCUUGGAAAGAAGGCAAAUGAUGUCUUCGGCAAAGGAUACCACUUUGGUGUGUUCAAACUUGAUCUUAAGACUAAGAGUGAGUCUGGUGUGGAGUUCAGCAGUGGUAUUACCUCCAACCAGGAGAGUGGAAAGGUAUUUGGCAGCCUUUCAUCCAAAUAUGCUGUGAAAGACUACGGUCUCACAUUCACAGAGAAAUGGAACACGGACAACACACUGGCCACUGAUAUCACUAUUCAGGAUAAGAUUGCUGCCGGUCUUAAAGUAACAUUGGAGGGCACAUUUGCACCACAAACAGGGAGCAAGACAGGGAAAUUGAAGUCUUCAUAUGCCAAUGAUACAGUGGCGAUAAACACCAACUUGGAUUUAGAUCUCGCUGGUCCCAUUGUGGAUGUAGCAGCUGUGCUCAAGUACCAGGGCUGGCUUGCUGGUGUUCACACACAGUUUGACUCACAGAAGGCCAAGUUUGCUAAGAACAACUUUGCUCUUGGCUACCAAACUAGGGACUUUGCACUCCAUACCAAUGUUGACAAUGGCAAGGACUUUGGUGGUUCCAUCUACCAGAAGGUGUCUGACAAGCUGGACUGUGGUAUCAGCAUGAAGUGGACCUCUGGCUCCUCGGAUACACUAUUCGGCGUUGGCGCCAAAUUCGCGCUGGACCAAGAUGCGUCCUUGCAUGCCAAGAUCAACAACAAAUCCCUCAUUGGUCUUGGUUAUCAACAGAAGUUGCGCCCAGGCGUGACUCUGACGUUGUCUGCUGCGAUUGACGGGCAGAACUUCAACGCCGGCGGACACAAGGUCGGCGUCGCCCUCGAAUUGGAACCCUAGGCACUCUGAUUAUUUAAUCUUGUAGAUACACAUUACCACAUUCACUAUUAUGUAAUAACAUAAAACAAGCAUAUAUAGAGAUAUCAAUCAAAAUAAUAUCUUCAGUGUUCCCCUUAUAAUGUAAUUUAGUGUUCGAAACGCUGUUAUAAAAUUUACAUCUGUUAGCCGCCAUCUAAUGUCAGUAUAUUUGUUUGUAUCAAGAUGGCGGACGCGUUAUCUUCUAGUAAAGAUUAGCGUGUAUGUAUUGUUUAACAUGCGGUCCUUCGAACCAUCCCUAUUUUUUUUUUUUGCUAAUUUUAUCCGUAUAUCUUGAACUUUCCCAGUUGAUGUCUUGUAAAUAAACACCUACGGUGUAUUGUCCUAUUAAUUGAAUGGAAAUAAAUAUUAAUAGUUUGUUGCGAGCAGCAUCA